UGGAUGAUCAUUUAUUACGGUAGAGGUUAUGGUGCUACAGAACAGAACACACCCAAAAACUAGUUAGUUUCUUUGAAUCUGAUCUGAAAAAAAAAAAAUAAUAAAUGGUGGCAAUGAGUGAUCCAAAAACUUGGGUGCCAUAUUGGAACACAAGGGACUGUUCUCAAGGAUUCUGCAGCCUAUACUGUCCACAAUGGUGUAAUUACAAGAUCACCCCUCCUCCUCCACCCUCCUCCUCGCCGAUCCAUUCCCAUCGCCCCUACUUUUCCCCUCUCAUAAUCGCCAUCGCCGGAAUCCUCGCCACCGGUUUCCUCCUCAUCAGCUACUACGCCGUCAUGUCCAAGUACUGCCGGAACCGGACCGGCUCGACCGAACCGGACCCCGGUUCAAGCGACGAGGAUCAACCCGCGGGCAAAAACGGGCUGGGUGAAGCCCGGAUAAAGUCCAUCGCGGUUUUUAAGUACAAAAUGGGAGAUGGAGCGGUGGACGGCUCAGAUUGCCCGGUUUGCCUCGGCGAAUUUCAGGACGACGAUCGGCUCCGGCUGUUGCCGAGUUGCCGCCAUGCUUUCCACGUGGCGUGCAUUGAUCCGUGGCUUAAAUCCAACUCCAAUUGCCCUCUUUGCCGGGCGAGUAUUGUGUUGUCGAUGGAUCAAGAAAGAGCAAGUGAUGAUGAUGAACCGGAGAUUCCAAUCGCGGAUAAUGGGCAGCAUAGUGUGAUCCCAAUCGCGGAUAAUCAUGGCUGGGAAAAUCAAGAGAUUAUUAGAAGAUCUCUGUCCAUGAAUUAUGUUUUCCAUCAAAGCGGCCGAUUGUCGGUGGCUGAUAUUCUGCGCAUGGAUGAUGAUGAUCACUUCCCAGAUUCCCGGUUGAGACACACGCUCUCACUUUCCAGGGCCAAAUUCUUGUUUCCUAUGCUUAACAGAGGCCGACUUGCAACAAUUCCAUUCUGAAUUCUUUUAGUUUGUUCCCAUAUAUCCUCACCAUCUAGCUUAUUUCAGCACUAUAUUAACCACAUUUUGAUUCAAAUCUUCUCAGCGCUUAUGGUUUUUUUCAUUUGUAUUUUUGUAUGCAUGGAGAACUCAGGAACAUAUGGGUUCUAUAAGCAAACUUUUCUCAGCUUCCUUCUUGAUUUAACAAAUUAAUUGAUGAUUUUUGAAACA